CAGGAGGCAGGCAGCGCCGCCCUCCACAGCCCGCGGGAGCGUCACGUCACACAGCGGCUCACUCAGGAAAUUCAAACACAAGAGCCUUCCAUAACAGACAUCUCUCUGAUCCAAGGUCACACCGAGCCGGCAGCCUGCACAGGACACACACACGCGCACCUUCAUCCCACCUCAAAAGUGAAUAGUCAGCGUUGAGGUGGGCCAGUGAUGCCGCCCCCGUCCACAGGUCCCCCCGCCGUGCCCCCACCAGACGGCGGUUGGGGGUGGCCCGUGGUGUUGGCAUCUUUCAUCUCCAUCGGCUUCUCGUACGCUUUCCCCAAGGCCAUCACCGUCUACUUCAAAGACAUCCAGAUCAUCUUCGAUGCCUCCUACAGCCAGAUCGCGUGGAUCUCCUCCAUCAUGCUUGCGGUCAUGUAUGCUGCAGGUCCCAUCAGCAGCAUACUGGUCAACACAUACGGCUGCAGGCCCAUCGUCAUGAUGGGGGGCUGUCUCUCGGCCACUGGCAUGAUCCUAGCUUCCUUCUGUACCAGCGUGGUGCAGCUUUACCUCUGCAUAGGAGUUAUUGGUGGACUUGGACUAGCCUUCAACCUGCAGCCAGCACUGACUAUGAUAGGCAGAUACUUCUGUAAGAAGCGUCCCAUUGCUAACGGGAUGGCGAUGGCCGGCAGUCCGGUGUUCCUCAGCACCCUGGCUCCUCUCAACCAGUACCUCUUCAACCAGUUCGGCUGGAGAGGCAGCUUCCUCAUCCUGGGUGGCCUGCUAUUGAACUGCUGUGUGGCCGGGUCCCUCAUGAGGCCUCUGGGGCCACCGCCCGGCAAGCUCAAGAAGGACGAAGAGGUAGCCGCCAUUGCCACCACGACAAAGGAGAAGCACACUGCCUGGCAAAUAUUCAACAAGUACCUGGACUUGUCCCUCUUCAAGCAUCGCGGCUUCCUCAUUUACCUGUCGGGCAACGUCAUCAUGUUCCUGGGCUUCUUUGCACCGAUUGUCUUCCUUGCAGCCUUCGCUAAAGACAUGGGUGUGGAUGAGUACUCGGCGGCCUUCCUGCUCUCAAUUCUGGCUUUUGUUGACAUGUUUGCCAGGCCCUCAAUGGGGCUACUGGCCAACUCGCGCUGGGUCCGGCCCAAGAUCCAGUACUUCUUCAGCUUCGCUGUGCUGUACAAUGGAGUGUGCCACAUCUUUUGCCCACUGGUGGAAAGCUACACCGGUCUGGUGGUGUAUGUGAUGUUCUUCGGCUUUGCUUUUGGCAUGGUCAGCUCAGUGCUGUUCGAAACGCUGAUGGACCUUGUUGGGCCUCAGAAGUUCUCCAGUGCUGUGGGACUCACCACCAUUGUGGAGUGCUGCCCGGUCCUCAUUGGUCCACCUCUAGCAGGGAAACUGGUUGAUGUCACAAAAAACUACAAGGCUAUGUAUUUUUGCUGUGGCGCUGUCGUGAUUUUGGCCAGUAUUUGGCUCUUCAUCGGGAACUUCAUUAACUACAGACUCUUGGAGCGCGAGCGCAAGUGUGCAGAGAUGUACAAACGGACUGAGACGGAAGAUCCGGACAAAGUUCUGGAUCAGAAGGAGGCUGACGGGGAAGCCCAGCCGUCGGAUGAGCUGGUCGGCAAAAGUGAAAAGGACGGUGAACCUAUGCAGCGGGAAACCAACAUCUAGAUCCCUCUGCUCCGCCAACAGCUCACCCUCACCUCCGUCCACUACGAUCAAACGACUCCAAGCCAAGAGGUGCCUCUCGGUGGUCCACCAUGCUCUAUUCGGGGUCCUCUGCACUUCCAUGAAACUAACUGCCAAAGCAACAACUGGAGGAGGCCGUGAGGCUCGAUAUCCGUUUGUCAAAGAGCAUCAGCGACUAUAACAGAAAUGUUUAACCACAGAGAAACGUGUAAGAUACUGCAUGCAUAUGAGACAAAAAGUCUGAAAACUGAGUGGAAAACAGUGUAUUACUAACUGUAUAAUGUUUUUUGCCACGUUCACCUCAUAUCGGAUUUACUGUAAAUACAAGACAGCAACAGGCGGGAAAGUACAUUCACAUCAGGCACCUAGUGGCAGUAACUUUCUGUAGGAACUCCAAAACUGAUAGUUAACAUGGCAGCAAAACCAUGGAUGUUGCAGAUGCAGAUAACUAAACAAUGAGUUCAAUUCAGUCAGACAAUCCACUCUGCUAAAAAAAAAAAAAAAAGUUAUCUUUUGCAGUUUGUUUAUGGCUAAUUUUAGUUAUUGCCAUAUGUCCCGAGAAGUUCAAUAUUCCAAUCCGUAGCAACAAGAGUCAUUCCUCUCUUCCUGCUGUAUCUUCCGAUAUGACGUGAAUGCAGCAUCAGCGUGUCGCCACUGUUCCAACAGCACCAGCAAACUGAAUUCAUGCUCAAACUGCAGUCUGAAUAGUCUUCUAUCCUUCACAACACACUGAACUCUUGGUACUCGAGGGAAGGUUAAAGGUGAAAAGUCAACGGUUCGUGCAUUCCUAACGCUGCAUUCACACCACGAGCAACUUGAUUUAUGAGCAUUUUCUUUUGGCAAAUUGUGGACAGUCGGAGGUUCUGAAUGUCCAGUAGUCUUUCACAUCAAAGUUGCUGCUUUAAAAGAUGGGAAUCGAAUGUUCCGAUUUCAGGCUAAUGUCCAUUAAAUCAUAUCAACGUGGAACAAAAUAGGAGCGAAAAUCUGCCUUGAUGGUGUCAGCUGUCGAGCCUAAAAAGUUUAGCUGAUCUUCCUCGGUUGGUCAGCUCUGUGAAAAACUCCUGAUGACUUGUUGAUUGUGUUGCACGCGGUGUGAAUGCAGCGUUCAGCAAUCCCAGUGCACCCGGAAAUGGUCGAUCCAUCUGGUUGAUAUGUGUCAAGCAAGAGCUCAAAAUCCUAAUUGCACUGUGUAUUUUAAAACGGCAUUCGGGUGCCAUAAAAUUCCCACUUCCAAAAAUAAUGAACAGAUGUGUUCACAGCUGGCGACGCUGGUUGCCCCGCGCAUUAUGCUGCCCGCCUUCGCACUGUUACGUGGUGUCGUAAAAACCUGCGCAAAUGUCCCACUUUAAUACUUUCGAUCAAGUCAUAAAACGCUUCCUGUACGUCGUCGAGCGUUCCGUUGUGCACUCGUAUAAAGUUUGCUGAAAGAGAAAUGGCCCCAAACAGCAUUUCAGAAAAAUGCUGCGAUUAAACGAGUUUAAUUAUGGUUGAAUGUAAUUUCCUCUGUGGGCCUUAACAAGGUAUUAAUGACCAAAAACCAUCUGCAUAAUAGUGGCAUUUCUACACACAGAGCCCAUGAGCAAUAUCAUUUCUCAUAUUUUAAUGCAGGUAUCCAGGGAAAUGUGUUUGUUGUGGACAGCGCGACACUCCGUUCUACGAUACAUUGCCUUAACUGUAAUGUAAAGAAUGCUGGGGGAGUUGUACGGUGAACUGUAUUAUACCAAGCUGAUCAACCUCUGUGUUAAAUGUGACCCACUUUCUCUGCGGUGACCAGUGUCGUGUGCUCCGUUUGUCUCCUGACAUAUCUGUGUAAAUCUUAGAGUUAUGAGAUUCCUUAAUGUUGUUCUGUAACUAACUCACUAACAUCCACACCAGUAUGUUGAUAUGUUUGAAGGAGUACUACUGAUGCUACUAAUCACCCAAUGCUAAUGAGGUAUACCAGUGUUUUGAAUCGUAUUGUGUGCAAACGAGUGAACAUAUCCACGAAGCAAUUGAACCGAGUGUCGAUGUUGUCCAAUAUUCUAUCCAUUCCAGAUGUUUCCUAAAUGUCGCCGGGCCGUUGAUGGGUUUUCGGCAAAAAAAAA